GGGGAAAGAACUUCCCAUAAUGGCAUCAAAGUCUACUGGCUUGGGUGAGCCCACCCCAGACAUCCUCACCCAACAGCGAUCCCGAUUCCUUUUCCCCAUGAAUUAUCCACUUUUCUUCUCUCUCCCCCUUGUCCGAGCUGUAUCCGGAACUCAUUUUCACCUUCAAGCCCGCGAUCUCCAAAGCCUUCACUGGUGGCGGCCUGCAGCACCUCAAAGAACGUGCAGUUAGCCAUCGUUGGGGUUUUACCUCCUCGUUUGGUUCGCGGCUUUUCACUCAACUCCUACGCUCCUUACUUGGCCCUUGAUCUGCCAAACGACGCUCUUUUGCCUAACCUCUCAUUAUCCAAGUCUUUCUCUAUUCUAACUUCGAGAUGCUGCUAUUCCCUGCCCUCCUUACCGCCGCUCUUGCGGCCACCGGCAUAGCGGCUGCUAUCCCUAGCCGUGACGACACUACGGGCAACAAAGGCACCGCUUCACUGCUGCAAGUCCGCAAUCCGAGCUUCGAGUUCAGGCAUGGCCCCCUUGCGUUGGCAAAAGCAUACCAGAAGUUUGGCGCCCCGAUGCCAGAGGAUCUCAGGGCCGCCAUCGCUAGGUUCCGCCUGAACCAGAAGCGAACGACCGGCACUAUUGCAACGGAUCCUGAGAAGCACGACGUCGAAUAUCUGACACCCAUUUCCAUUGGUACCCCAUCGCAAAAUCUCAUUGUUGAUUUCGACACAGGGUCUAGCGACCUCUGGGUCUUCAGCACGGAGAUGUCCAAGAGUGAUAUCAAGGGCCAGAGUGUGUACGAUCCGAACAACAGCUCCACAUCUGAGAAGCUCCAGGGCUCAACUUGGGAGAUCACUUACGGCGACGGCAGCUCCUCGAGUGGCGACGUCUACCUCGACACGGUCACGGUUGGCAGCUUGACUGUCCCUAACCAAGCCGUAGAGGCGGCCAAGAAGGUUUCAGACGAGUUCACCGACGACGCACACAAUGAUGGCUUGUUGGGUUUGGCCUUUACUUCUAUCAACACAGUUCAGCCUACCCCACAGAACACUUUCUUUGACAACAUCAAGGGCAGCCUUGACGCUCCUCUGUUUACCGUCGAUCUGAAGCAUGGGGCCCCGGGCAGCUAUAAUUUCGGCUACAUUGAUCCCGCAGCAUAUAUCGGCAACAUCACUUGGACGCCUGUUGACAAUAGCCAGGGCUUUUGGGGCUUCACCUCCCCAGGAUAUGCGGUUGGCACUGGAAGAUUCCGCAAUCACUCUAUGAGUGGCAUUGCCGACACCGGGACUACGCUACUGCUUCUACCCAAGUCUGUCGUCAGUGCAUACUAUAAGGAGGUCCAGGGCGCCCAGUAUGACAGUAGCCAGGGCGGUUAUAUUUUCCCUUGCAGCCCUACUCCACCGGACUUUGUCUUUGCUGUCAACAACGGCAAUGUUACUGUUCCAGGAGACAUGCUCUCGUAUGCACCAGUUGAUAGUGCCAACCAAAACUGUUUUGGUGGCAUCCAAAAGGAUACAGGCAUCGGCUUCUCGAUUUUCGGCGACGUCGCGCUCAAGACUAGCUUUGUCGUGUUUGAUGCUGGCGGCUUGCAGCUUGGUUGGGCGGCAAAGAAUCUAUGAUUCGGGAGGAUGGGUAUGGUUGGACCAUCCAGGAAGACUCAUUUCCUCUUCGAUGAUCAGGAACGUUGAGU